AUGCCCUCGAAGAUGCGCCUUGAUGCCAGCCUGGUCGCGGGUCUGGCCGCCUUCGCUGGCGUUGCCGAUGCCUUCUGGCGUCUUCCUUGCCAGGGCCGCAGCGGUCUUGCUAGGAUGGACCCUUUGAUGGACCCCGGCGAGCCUUCGUACCACGUCCACACUGUUCAUGGAUCGAACGGUUUUACCUGGGAUGCGGACAGAUCGACUCUGCUUGAGGGGUCCUGCACAUCGUGCGCCGUCAGGCAGGACAAGUCGGCCUACUGGGCCCCCUCCCUGUACUUUGUUGACAACGAGACCGGCGACUCCGAACUCGUGGACGAAGUCGGAGGCUUGCUUGCGUACUACCUGUUAACUGGAGACAAAGUUGAGCCGUUCCCCCAGGGAUUCCGUAUGAUCGCCGGUGACCCAUUCCGUCGAAACUUCACCUUGCCGGUCCCCGACCCGCCAAAGUCUGAAUGGGCCGGAGAUGCUAUUUCACAGGACGCCCUUGAGCAGAAGGCUCUUGGCUUCAACUGCCUGAACUACGCCGGGCAAGCCGAGGAUUCUCUCAGCCGUCACCACUUGCCUGAGAAGAAAUGGCUUGACGAGAACUGCCCUAACGGUGUUCGUUUCGAACUGAUGUUCCCAUCGUGCUGGAACGGCAAGGAUAGCGAUGCCGACGACCACAAAUCCCAUAUGGCCUACCCUUCGCUGGUCAACGAUGGUGUUUGUCCCGAGGGUUUCGAGCACCGUACCGUUUCCAUGAUGUUCGAAACUAUCUGGAACACCUAUGCGUUCAAGAGCCGUGACGGCUACUUUGCUCUUUCCACUGGCGACGCCACUGGAUAUGGCUACCACGGUGACUUCAUGGAGGGCUGGGAAGAUGGUGUCCUGGAGGAGGCUGUCAAGACAUGCACAAACCCCUCUGGCAUGGUCGAGGAUUGCUCCGUCUUUGAACUGCAAUCUCAGAUCGAGCAAAACCUUUGCUCCUUCGACAUUCCCGAAAUCCUCAAAUCUGAGGAAGUUAAGAACGUCAAGGGUGGUCUUCCUAACAAACUGAAGGUCACAUGGGGCCCCGAGCGUGCCUUCCCCAUCGAGUACACUGAUGGUCACGACGACUCGUCCUCGAGCUCCGCCGCCCCAUCAAGCACCGAUUCGGGUAUCAGCCUUUCGCUGCCCGGCGUGGGAGACCUCGGCAACGUGUUCGCUGCCGACCCUAAGACCUCAUCCAGCUCAACCACCGAGGUGCCAGCCCCGACCACCACCUCUACUUCAACGACGACCUCGACCCCGACUCCUACGCCUAGCACCUCUUACAUUGAGACCCCCGUCACGCAAGAGAUCGUCUGGGUCGAGGAGGCAAUUGUUGUCUUGGUUGACGAUAAUGACAAGCCGCUCAAGACCGAGACCCGCCCCGUGGAAGUCGUUUCCACCGAGACCAAGACUGUUACCCGGACCUCUUCAACCGUUGUGCAGGUCCUCCCAACUGACACGGCUCCGGCCAAGCGUCAUCAUGACCACCUUGCGGCUCACAAGCGCCACAGCCAUGGCCACGGACACUAA